AUGCCAAAAGUUGUGAGGGUAAAUGAUUGGGAUGAAGAGGAGAGGCCACCACUAGAGGAUGACGGGAAGAAGAGGCCGCCACCAGGUAGCAGAAAGGGGAAGGCCCCGAAGAAGGGGAAGAAGGCGCCGCCGGCAGUAAAGACAAGAACCUCUUCCCGAAAGAGAUCACCAGAGGGAGAAGGCGGCGCCAGUGGCACGGAGGAGGAGCCGUCAGAGGCGUCUGAUGCCGAUUCCCAUUCGUCCAAGUCCUCUUCCUCGUCGGCGUCCACGUCGCGGCGAGCCGUUGGAGUGCCCAUAGAGGAGAUUACCCCAGAGCAAAUGCAAGAGAUAGCAGAGUUCUACGAGGGACACCCUAUGUACUACGAUGUUGGGCAUGAGAACCACAAAAACACGAAGUUGAAGGACUGGACUCUGGACAAGUUUAGCGAACAGAUCGGGCUUUCUGGUGAGACCUUUCCAAGCCAUACAGAGGCACUGUAUGGCCGUACCGAACAUUUCAAGCUCAAGAACAGACCCAAGAGUGGCAAGAGUGGAUCCUGGGCAGCCCCCCUUACGUCACUCCAGAAGUUCAAGCUGAAGGCGUAUGAGUUUCUGGACGCCCAUCACAUAUCACGGACGCAGAAAUCGACUUGUGGGAGGCUUGCUGGUGAGGACGAGGAUUCAGCGUCGGAGGCGAAGUGUGCUGCACCGUCUGAGUCUGAGCCGACCACGUCGCAGGGAGCGGGAGCUGUCAGCAAGAAGAGCAAGGCUACAUCCGCCAGCGACAUGUCCAGGACGCUGAUCGAGUGUCUCAAGUCUAGUGCCAAGGCCACUCAGGACGCAGCUGAAAAGGUGCGUGUAGCCCAGGCUACAGCUGCAGAUCCGUUCCAGGCCGAGCGUGACGCCUGGGCGGAGUGGAUGACAAGCGCGAACAACCAGGUGCCGGCACACCGGUACAGACAGUUUCAGCUGGAGACUUUCACCACAUUCAUGAGAUUCGUCCCGCUCAUGCAGGGGAUUCAGCAGCAGCCCCAGCAGCAGCCUCCGAAGCCCCCGCCGCAGAUCGUACAGCCGGCCGUUCCUCUGGCAGAUCCUUAUAACCAACAGCCGAUGUAUCUUCAGCCCGCAUCCCUGAAACCACAGCAGCAGCCGCAGCAGUUUAUCACCUGUAUUACGCCUCCAGUUCGGCAGCAGCAGCAGCAGCCGCCACAGCAGCUGUAUGAACAGCUCCAGCCUCCCAGGGCAGUGUCUGCACCCCCAGUCACCUCUGCGACAUAUGACCUCUCAUCCUUGCUGGCCUUGCCGUCUCCCCUCAGGCUCCCCGCCAGCAAAGGGUCUAACAUCACAGAAGCUGCGUGGCAGAUUUCUUCACCCGCCAACAUCAGCCUCAACACGCAGUCACCUGCACAGAGGUCAAGAGAUAGCAGCCUUUCGCAGUUGCUAGAUGCGAACGAACGUGAUGUCACAAACGAAGGUCCCGAGGACAACACAGCAGAGCUGCAGCGGGAGAAGGAGCAAGAGUAUGAGCAGGAGUAGGAGCAGGACAGGCCGAGUUCUUCACAGUCUGACAGAGACCCACCUCAGUCAAGUAGUCCAAAGUUUUAGUGAUCGUACUGACAGUGUGCCUCGGAUACUUAUAGCGACAGUGUGCCUCGUAUACUUACAGUGACAGUUAGCCUCGGUUACUCACAGUGACAGUUAUUUUGGCAGCAUUGCCAGUCGGGUUAUAGUUAUCUUGUGAUAUAUAUUCUUUCGAUGGCAGCGGUCUACAGUGCCAGUUUAUGUUUAUUGCCAUAUUUAUUGUGUAUGUGGUAACAUCCAAGGUAUGAAAACUAAAGUUCUGUCGUUGUCUUUAUUGUUUUUAUCUUUUUAACAUCUUAGAGCAAUAAACUGAGAACUCAAAAGGUAAAACAAAGUUAAUUUAGAAGGAAAGAAAAUGUCAUUUAGAAGGUUUUAUAGAACACACCAUAAAAAUUGGUUAAUUUUAACAAAGUUGCAUAGAU